GGUUCCAGGAAGAAAUAAGACGCUAUUUUUUUGCUGCAUUUCACAUUGUCGUUCAACCACUUGGAGGUGUAAUAUGUCCACCGAGGGCAAAUCUACGGGUAAGACAUCGGCGGAUUCAUCAAAAGACUACGUGGCCCAGUUGAUCAGCCCGUUCGGCAUAAUUGAAGAUCCCGACUCGGAUUCAUCGCGUCGCCAGGCGUACGCCCGUGUGAAGUUUCUGCUGUACGUGGAAAUCGGAGAGGACAGUCUGCAACUGGAGAAUCACAUGAAGAGACUCCAUAACCUCCGAAAGGAGUUGUACUACAUCAAGAAGACUGACUGGCAGUAUGAGCCCAUAGAUAAGCUCAUCGGGCAGUCGUAG